UAUUUUUGUCUCAUUCUAACCUAAUAUCGCAGAUGGUGAUGUCUUGCCAGCUAGGUAUCUCUUCACACCCUAAUAUCAGCCCCUAUGUCCCCACCACUUUUCCUUGUUGACAAGCAUUAAAUAAAAGUGCUAUGAUCGAGAGAACAAAUUGAUGAAGAUUUUGUAACCCCUCAGUCACAGAUUUUGAGUUUAUUAUACUUGUCCCUCACUUUCAAACACCAAGAGUCGACAGCCACACUGGCGGCUCUGUGAGGCUGUACUUAGGCACAGCAGUGCAUUGAGCUAAAUGCUAAUGCCGACGUGCUACAAUGUUCACAAUAAUAAAGCUAACAUGAUGAUGUUUAGCAGGUACAUUAUUUAACCUGGUCACUAUCAUAGUUCAGUGUGUUAACAUGCUAACAUUAUUAUUAGCACACAACACAAAGUAUAUCUGAGGCUGGUGUGAAUGUCAUUAGCUUUUCAGGUAUUUGGUCAUAAACCAAAGUUUUGGGCAAAUUGAAAUUUAAAGCGAUGGUGCCGAUAGAGUAAGUGGUGGGGAUAACCAAAUUCACCUUGCAACACCAAAAUUCAUGGCAAUCUGUCGAAUACUUGUCGAGACACUCUAUGUUAUGUCAACCUCAUGGUGGGGCUGGGUGAAAAGUCAGGCAAUCACUAAAUUUAGUAGGAUUCAUCCUCUGAGGACCAUGCAUGUCCAAACCUUUCUGACAAUUCAUCCAAUAAUUGUUGACUUUCCUUUCCUUUCCAUACUGCUAGCAUGGCUGAAAACCAAAUAGAAGGAACAGGCUAACUAACAUAUUUUGUUGUGGCUGGUGCAGUACAUGGUCUGAACAGGCUCCUGUUGUGGUUUCAGUCUGUGUCUAGUGUUACAGGAAAAUAGAUAUAGUAGAUAUAGAGUACAGUAACUAUGGAAGGCAAAGAGCCUCCUUUCAACAAAUAAUUUGACCAUGCUCUCUCUCUCGUUCCCAUAUCCCCUCCUCUCUCCCGUUUUAGCCAAUGGCGUGCAAAGCCUGGUAAAGACGCAGUACCAAGGUAAGCAUGAGCUAUACAGCUACCUUACCUUCACUCCCACACCUGCCCAGACACCACUGUCAGUGUCUGGCUGUGUGUCAGGGAAAGAGAGUACAGAAGGUAGAUCAGAGCCUGGGGCUUUUUAAACAAUGUCACUUUCCCAGCUCUCAGUUUCCCUAAUCCCCACUUAUUUGGUAUGUAACCUCCCACACUCCUGCAUCCAACUCAUUCGCUUCCAAGGAGUCAUGUGGCUUAUUGUGUUCAGACGGAUUUUUUCUUGCUAUUAACUGUCAUUACAAUACAGCUAUGCUGGUCUGUCUUCUUAUCUUCUCUUUUUUUUCCAAAUAGAAACAUGUUGUUAAAAUGUCCCUCAGACAGUAGAGCUUUUUUGGGCCUCAGAUUUUUCAGUGAGGUGACACAAUCAUAACCAAACAACCUGAACAUCCUCAUCUCAAUCAUGACAUAAUGGAUGAUAUGAUUAAACACUGACAGCAAACCUGAUGAUGCCUGCUUAUCUUUCCAAAGUACAACUGGUGAAUGGACGUAACAGGUGUGAGGGUAGAGUGGAGGUGCGCUACAAUGAAUCAUGGGGCACAGUGUGUGACGACGACUGGGACAUGGUGGAUGCCAACGUGGUGUGUCGGCAGCUGGGCUGCGGAGUGGCUGUGGCAGUGGGCAGCAGCUCUCAGUUUGGACAAGGCACGGGGCUGAUCCUGCUGGAUAAUGUGGACUGCAGAGGAAGUGAAACAGACCUCAGCCAGUGCCGUAGUCUGGGCUGGGGAAUCCACAAUUGUUAUCACUAUGAGGAUGUGGGUGUCACCUGCAGAGAACUAGCAAUGGUGGGGGCAAGAGGUUUUGAGGAUCGCACCACACCGCCCCAGGAGAACUCCGGUUUACGAGAUGGCACCAUCCGUCUGGCAAAUGGACAGAAUACCUGCCAAGGCCGGGUAGAGAUCUACUACCAGGGAAACUGGGGCACAGUGUGUGAUGAUGACUGGGUCCUCAGCAAUGCCCAGGUGGUGUGCCAGCAGAUGGGCUGCGGUACUGCCGUCUAUGCACACACCAACUCCUACUUUGGCUAUGGGACUGGCCUGAUUCUCCUGGACAAUGUCAACUGCUACGGCACUGAACAGGACCUGACUAAAUGCAAAAGCCUGGGAUGGGGCAAACACAACUGUGGACAUCAUGAGGAUGCUGGGGUCACCUGCACUGGGUCCACUACUGUACCCCCUCUGGCAACAAUAAACCAGAGAGGACUCUGGGUAACAUAUAACACAGAAGCAACAAAUAAAGUCCCAGUCACCAAGGCACCAAGUACAACAACUGUUACAACAACAACAACAACAACAACAACUGCCCAGACAAAAAGCACAUCAGGCAUUCGUGUGAUGAAUGGUAACAGUAGCUGCCAGGGUCGUGUAGAGGUCCUCUACAGAAAUGUUUGGGGGACGGUGUGUGAUGAUGACUGGGACAUGACUAACGCCAACGUGGUGUGUAGGCAGCUUGGAUGUGGCCCAGCUAUUGCAGCCAAGGCCCAGGCCUACUUCGGCUACGGUGUGGGUCCGAUCCUGCUAGACAAUGUGGAAUGUAGCGGCUUUGAAACAGAGCUGUCUCAGUGCUUCCACCUGGGCUGGGGUCAGCACAACUGUGGCCAUCACGAAGAUGCUGGAGUUAUCUGUGCACCUUUUGAAUUCUACAUUGCAAAUGGACGUGACUUUAGAGUACCAGAAAGCACACUUACCACUACCACACAACCCUCUGAAGGAAUGGUGAGGCUGGUGGGUGGCCAGCACCGAUGUGAGGGUCGAGUAGAGAUGUACUUAAAUUCUGGAUGGGGAACAGUGUGCGAUGAUGCUUGGGAUCUCCCUGACGCUCAGGUUGUGUGUCGCCAAAUGAGUUGUGGACAGGCCACGGCGGCUUGGGGACAAGCUUUCUUCGGGCCUGGCACAGGAACAAUCCUGCUGGACAAUCUUAAGUGCAGUGGUGCAGAGGUCUCCCUGCAGGGGUGCUCCCAUAUAGCCUGGAAUGUGCACAAUUGUGACCACUCUGAAGAUGCUGGUGUCACCUGCUCACUGUCGUGAUUUCAGCAGAACCACACUCCCAACUCCACCAUGGGUAGGAAGUGGGUGUACCAACCUGGGACUUGUAUACAUUAUGUAUAUAACAGCUUUCACAUUGCUGAAGGAAUACUCCUCCACCAACAACAUACAAAAUAACUAAUAUGACAGUAUACGAUUACAUACUAUAAACUAUCUAUGCCUAUUAAGCACUUUAUAAAUAAAUAUAUGAUAUAAAAUACAGUGUAGACAGUUUUUUUUAUUUGAGAAACAAGAAAAAACAAAGCUUUUAACUGUCAAUGACUUUUUUUCUGCCCCCAAAAUGUUAAAAUAUUUACUGUACAUGUGAUUCUUUGACGAGUAAGUAAGGUAUAUUGGAGGAAGUCCAUCAAUUAUUGUGUGGAUAAAAUGAGAAGUUUUUGUAGACUUCAGCUCCAAAAUUCGCAAAUAUGUAUGAUAUAACAAACAAAUUUCAUAUAUUACAAACCACAAGAAUGCAAGAAAACAGAAACUUCCAUAGAUAAUUGUGUUAUAUGUUGUGAAUAUACAGUAGCCUAUCUCUCCAUCUACAGAUAAAUAAUGGGUUACUUGUGUUCUGUAAACUACCAUAUAAAUAAAUGUAACUAAUGAUCAUUUAC